AAAAUUGCAGAAGCAACAUCUGAAGAAUACAAAUAAUCUAGCAAUUAGAGACAGUCUCAAAAGUGAUUAUCACAGGAUUGCAGAAAUCAUGCAUGAGAUGAAAGAAAAGAAAAAGCAACGAUGUCUGGAUCUUGAGAGGCUUACCCAUAUCGUCACCUGCAUUGAGGAGGAAAUUCUGCAGCUACACAAAAAAUAUGAAAGGGCUAUUCAGCAACAAAAUGAGAGUGGUCUUCUGCUCAAAAAUCGAGAAGAAGAACUGUGCAUUUUGUAUGAAAAAAUAAACACGCAAGAGAUGUUGUGUAGAAAUGGAGAUAUUGAGAUGCAAGUUAUGGAUGAGAAGAUCAGAUUUCUGAAGCUGAAGAUAGCUGAGAAAAAAAGACAGAUUAAAUUGUGGUCCAAAGCACUCCCACUGAAGAAUGCCCUGGAUGCACAUCUGGUGGUACUUCAGAUACAGUAUUCCCAGUGCAAAGACAGGAUAAAACAGAUGGAGGCAAUCUUUGCUGACCCCAUGAAUGAGACCAGAAAGCGGGAGUUGGGAGGGAAGGACCCAUCUCCACCUGAGCUGCUAAAAAAGAUUGAGCAGUUAGAGGUGGAGCUGGUGCAGAAGGAGGAGAAACUGCUGGAGAUGGAUUUUCUCUACGAGCACGUUUCCCGGCUGACGGACAGAAUCCGUGCCACAGCGCAGGACGGGAAGCAGGACACGCUGCUGUUAGCUAAAAGGACAAAUGAGCUGCAGAAGAAGAUAAAGGACAGAACCCAGAAGAUGAUGGCUCUUGUUGCAGAGCUGUCCAUGAAGCAAGCACUCGCCAUCAGACUCCAGGAGGAAAUGCGAGACAAAGAACAAUUUUUGAUGAUUGUUUCAUCAAGGAUAGAUCAAGGCCUUCCCCCUCCCAAAGAAACAGAAAAUGAGUGGUUGAAGGUGUUACGCAAUGAGAAGAUGCAGAAAGAAGCAGCUGAAGCAAGAGCGAAACAUGCUGCAGAAGAGGAACAAGCUGCAGCGCCUGGCUGUGUCCACACGACAGCUGAACAACGCCCAAACGCCUACAUCCCAGAUGAUGAAUUCAGUCUCCCAGUGCCGCGGCCCUACGGCGCUCUGGCUCCUUUCAAACCGAGUGAAGUUGGUUCAAAUAUAAGACAUUUCAGAAAACCUACUGUAAAGCCGAUUGAAAUCUGA